UAGUAGAUACUGACAUCACUUGGGUCAGUCACAGCGUCCUCCAGGCUCGGGGACAACAGGACAGAAGGGACGCUGUGCCUGGACCAGGCGAGAAGGCUAACGACAGUCUGGACAUGAUGUUUGACACCACGGCUUAUGGAGAGUACAAGUCUUAUAACGGUUCACACUUAGAACAGAGCCAACCCUGUGAUGAUGAUGAUGAUGAUGACGACGAAGAGGACGACGAUGAAGCAGAUCCUCAUGAAGACACUUUGAGCCAAAGUAACGGACGCAAACCAGGGCGUCCAACAUUUGCACAUGUGGCUGUUAUUCGCAAGAAAGAUGAGAGAAGAAAACUAAAGGGCACCACCUGCAAGGAAUGUGACGUAUAUUACGCUCAUCUACCAGAGGAGGAGAAGCAGAAGAAGUUGUCUGCGUGCUCAAGGCAUCGCUUUCUCUAUAUUCCUCCGUGUACUCCGGAAAACUUCUGGGAAGUUGGAUUUCCAUCAACUCAAACGUGCAUUGAAAGAGGGUAUAUUAAAGAGGAGAAGGAUCCCCAGACUCGUGCUCGGAGAAGACAACCAUUCAGUGCUUUAUUCACCCCGAAGAAAAACCAUCAGGACAGCUAAAAGUAUGUUGAAUCGAUCCAUUUACAGGAAAUAAUUAACAGUUUCUGAAGAGCAGCUGCAUGGAGAACAAUGAAGCUCUGUGUUAUCAGUGACCCUGUUAACAAUGUUGACCUGUUGUAGUUUAGUUUUCCACUUUCAGUUCAGUCUGUAAUGUCUGUGUGCUGUAUUUAUAUAAAGUUUGACUUGUUUGUGUUCAGUUAAGAUUUUUAUAGAUUCUGAGUAUGCUUGGAAUAUGUUUGGAUAAAUAAAAGUGACUCUAUGUCUACUGA